AUGCUCGAUUUGAUCAAUGUAGGCUCUUGUACUGAAAAGCUUGCCAUCCGCACAACAUUAGACGACCCCACGGACCUCAUCUCGGCCCCUCUGGCACUCUUGACACUCUCCCCGUUCUUCCUCUUCUCGGCCUAUGCGACAUUGAUCAUCAUCAACCGGCCCUUGUCGGUCGUCAACCUUUUUCUCGGACAACUAGCUAAUGAGGGGUUGAACAAGGUCUUGAAGAAGACGUUGAAAGCGGGGAGACCGUGGGUAUUGGGAGAUGGGUAUGGGAUGCCUAGUAGUCAUUCUCAGUUCGUAGCUUACUCUUCAAGCUUUAUGCUCGUCCACCUCGCCUGCAUCUACCACCACCUCCCCUUCGGCUUUCCACACCGACACCGCCGCACCCCCACCUCCCGUUUCACCCGAUACACCCUCUCUACCGGUCUCGUCCUCUGGCCACUCUUGACCGGUUACUCCCGUUAUCGUCUGCACUACCACUCUCCUACGCAAGUUUUAGCCGGUUUAGCGGUGGGGAGCAUGGUCGGAGCAUUACAUGCCGUGGUCACAGAGGUCGUACCUCUUUGGUACCCGACGAGCACGCUCGGAAGACUUAGGGCGCGGAUAGCGAGGAAAUGGGAAGAGUGGCCGAUUGAGGGUUGGGGUGGGUGGGGAGCUGGAGGGAGGGAGACGGGGAGGUGGUUGGACUAUCCUGAUGUCACGAAGAAGGAUGUAUCCGAUCGAAAGAAGGACGAAUAG